AUCCUUAUAUUUUACUAUUUUAUAUGAGACAUUUAUAUGAAUCAAAAAAAUAUACUUUUUUAAAACCUGGCACAAUAUCAACUAAAAUAAUGAAUUGCGACGUAUCCUUGACAAAAAUAGAUUUACAAGUUUUGAAAAUUCUGAUGGUAUAAUGAGUUAUCUGAGUAAAUUUGUGAAAAAUAUUAAGCAUCCUCUUUUAAGGGGAAUGGCUUCUUAUGGAGUGAUAUGGCCUAUUUCAAGUUUAAUUCAACAAACUUUCGAAGGAAGGAGUUUUGAAGACCAUUCCUAUGAUUGGUGGAGGUGUGCUCGUUUUGGAUUUUAUGGAUCAUGCUAUGUUGCUCCUACCUUGUAUAUUUGGUUUUCAAUUGCAAGUGCUGUGUGGCCAGGGAGUACAUUGAAGUCUGCUGUGAUAAAGACUUGUAUUGAAACAAUAACCUACACACCAUUUGCUAUGUGUAGCUUUUACUUUGGAAUGAGCUUAUUAGAAGGUAAAUCAGUGGAAGAUGCAGUUGCAGAAGUUAAAGCAAAGUUUUGGCCCACAUAUAAGGUAGGAGCCUCGGUGUGGCCUAUUGUAGCAGUGACAAACUUCUGGCUAAUUCCCCCAGCAAACAGAGUUCCUUUCAUAAGUGUUUGUAGUCUUAUAUGGACAUGUUUCUUAGCUUAUAUGAAACAUUUAGAUAAAGAAAAUUUGCCUCAAAGAUUUAAACAUAGAUCUGUUUAAUGGCAGAUAGUUAAGAUAAUAUUAGCCAAUUUUUUAGUAAAUUUUGACAUAAAAUGUCAGUACAUAGUACUAUAAUUUUAUUUAUUAGUUAUAUUUUAUAAUUUCAUGAGUGAUAUUUUAAUAAAGUCAAAUUGUAAAUAGUAAAAGUAUUACGAAAUAUAAGUAUUAAAAUACAUUUAGGUUACAGGU